AUGGACGACCUCGAGCCUGUGGUCAGUGCUACGAUAUUUGAAGAUUUCCCACCGUGCGUCACCAAAGCCCUCUUUCGGUACUGCACAGUGGGGAUAUCCGAAAAGCUAAGGCUAAAGCGUUAUUUUAUUCUAUUUGAUCAGGAGCAGCGCACUGCGCGCAUAGAGACCGCAGACCCGAAGAUCGUAGAUACUAUAAAACGGAUAUUCUCAGUAUCUGCGCACACAAUCCAAUUAAAUAGAGAUGAUAUUAUUUCUGAACAAAAGGAUUUUGCGUUGCAAAGAAGCCUGACGAAUAUUGAAAAGUGUGAGGAGGCAUUUGUACGUGACGGUGUUUGUGCAGUAGACGUCAUUUCUUCGGCUUCAGAUGCGAAGUCCACUCCAGCCAUUAUUGAUUUUCUGCAAUUCCUCUUUUCGCACGUAACGUUUGCAAAGGCUGGAGAGCGCGUGAAGAUAAUAGUUCCCCAGAAGCUUUCGAAGGCGGUUGCUGACGCCCUUGUCAACGAUCGGGUCUCCUUCAAGAUAUAUCUGCCAAAGGUGGAGCUUAUUGAGUCUCAUCCUAAGAAAGGUAACAUGGCCUAUCGCGUGAAGGUCAGAUUGCUACUGAAUAAGGACGACUGCGUUAAGUUAAUAGAAAACACUCAAACCUUAAAGCAGCCCCCGUUCUUCAACGUUCGUCCUGUCAAUGAUCUUAUUGAUCCGUGGUGA